GGGCUGAAGGGAGGAGCUUAUGUCUGCUGACUCUGCUGACUAUUCACGAACUUCAUGACUCACGGCAGUGCAAAGAUGAUCAACAUUGAUCAGUGAUUGGACUUGAAACAAAAGCACACACCCUGUAUGCCCGCAGGUCAGGUGGCACGCUGGAUCUUCCAGGGACCUGGCAUGGUGCAGCUGAAUGCCAGUUGCAUGGACGGUGCCCGGCUAGAUUUCUAUGUGAUUUCUGGGGACCGAGAUGAAAUGAGAAGAAGACAACGAGGGCAUCAUACGCCGGUGAUGAAGGAUCAUCCGGACUGCCAGGGCUGCAGUGAGUUCUGGAUGGAAAGCUACCUGCCGCUGUUUUACCGAAACGUGACGAUGAUGGUGGCCAGUAAUCAGGACGGCAGCGCCAAUGUGCGCAUGCAGUUCACCGAAUCCUUGCUGGACGUUCCGUCUUGCAUGGAUCUCUGUUUCGGGAGGCCCUGGGGAUUUAUGGGCAUGGUGCUCAUGCUGGCAUUGCUAUUGGCUUGCUGCUUCCACUUAUCUCGUCCCAUGAUGCGCCGCGAUCGCGACGGAGACGACGAGGCCUGGGCUCCUCACUUGGUGCAGUGUCGAAGGCCGCCGAAACCCCGGGAGGCUUGGAGGUCAUGGAUACUCCAUGGCUGCAUCAUGACCUAUCCCUGGAACCCUUGGUACAAUGAUCCCCUGGAAUAUCCUCUGCGAUGCUUGGUCUUGAUGGUGAGCUUGGGACUGACGAUGUUCAUUUCCACCCUCUAUGGUCACUUCUUCAGCUACUGGGACAGUUCGAUCAGCCUGGGUCCAUGGGAGACGGUCGCGGACAAUGAGCCGGAGAUGUCCACAAGCAUGCAAGGUGCAUUGGAGGUGUCCGUUUUGUGCGCCGUCAUCGAAAGUUCGCUGCGGAUGCUGGCGCUGGCCUUGUUUCGCUCCUCGCUGGCCUGCUCGCGGCUGCAGAAGCGUUGGCAUGCUCAGGCCCCUGCGCUGGUCUUGGCCACGGCAGUGGUGAUGUUUUGCAUCGCUUAUCCCUUGGGAUUGGCCACUUCCGCGCACCUUUGUGGUUACGUCAGACAUCUUUCGGCGCAGUUUCUUAUGUCGCAGCUGAUUCGUGGUUUGCCAAUGGCUCUGGCCGUGACGAGCUUACAGUACCUCUUACUCAAGGCCUGGGGCAAAGCCAUUGAUCGGGGCGAGCCCAUGGUAAACACUGGAGAGAUGGCCCAGCUGAGAGGCUGAGCACCUAUGACUUUCAGAAGGAUUCUGAAAUCUUGGUUGGCUGAAUGAUGCUGAAUGCUGAAUGAUGCUUAAAUGACAUGUGGUGAUGAACACAAAGUCUGAUUCAUCAAUCUCUCAAUGAACCUGAUCGCCAAAGGCAAGGUUCAGGAGCCGGCGACCCUGCGCGCAUUGACGG